GGUGCUGUAUGACGCGAACUUCGGUGGGAGACCGCUUGGGUCAGCGUGAGGUCAUUGUUCUAUUAGACAACAUGGCCGCCGAGCGGAACCUGAAAUAAGAGAACAGCAAUGGAAGAUUCCAGCUGUGUACACUCUACUGGAAAACUGUGUGCUGGACAUCCUGGGAAGGAGAUGGACCAUCCUGGGAAGGAGAUGUACCGUACAGAACGCCCUGGGAAGGAGAGUGGCAGCAGGGAGACCCAGACAACAGACAUCGGCCUGCAGCAGGAAACGUGUGAUGUGAACUUUCCCCAACCUGACAACCCAUCAACCUCACAGGUACAGGAGAGCAGAGGUGAUUUGGGAAGGCAUGUGGUUAAAAACACCGUUGAGAAACCCUACAUGUGUGGGGAGUGUGGGCACAGAGCACCUGAAAUUACUAGCUUACUCCUACAUAUGAGGACCCACACAGGAGAAAAAACGUUUAAAUGUGACCAGUGUGACUAUUCUGCAUCUUUGGAGUCUAAUUUGAACAGGCAUGUUUCAGAAAAACACAGCAAACCAACCUCACAGGGACAGACGAGCAUAGGCAAUACGGGAGGUACCAUAUUUCUUGUACCUUGCUCACUUAUCCCAGUCCAGGGUAUGAUCAUCCCUGUCCAAGGUAUGAGUGUUGGGCAUCCUGGGAAGGAGAGUGAAGGCAAUAUAGGAAGGAAUGUGCUUAAGCACACCGGUGAGAAACCCUACAUGUGUGGGGAAUGCGGGUACAGGGCGGCUCAAAAGCAUCAUUUAUCCCGACAUAUGAGAACCCACACGGGAGAAAAACCAUUCAAGUGCGACCAGUGUGACUUUUCUGCGGCACAGAAAUCCACUUUGGACAAACAUCUUGCAAAGGUACAGAAAAUAGGAAGGCAUGUUGUUAAACUCACCAGUGAGAAAGUUUUCAUGUGUGAGAAGUGUAAAUACAAGACAUCUAAAGAAAAACGCUUUUUCAAGCACAUGAAAAUCCACACAGCCAAACCAUUUAAGUGCAACCAGUGUGACUUUUCUGCUGCUCAGAAAUCCAUUUUGGACAAACAUCUAGUGAAACACACCGGUGAGAAACCCUUCAUGUGUGGGGAGUGUGGGUACAGAGCGGCUCAAAAGUCUGACUUAUCCAAACAUAUGCGAAUCCACACAGGAAAUAAACCGUACAAGUGUGAGAAAUCCGCUUUGACCAGGCACCUUGCCAAACACAGUGAUGAGAAUCACACACGUGUGGGGAGUGUGGAUUCAAGACGGAUAGCAAAUCUCACUUAUCCCGACACAUGA